AAUGACGUUGUCCGGACCACCGGUUCUAGAAAAACCAACCUCCACAAGUCGGCGUCGUGCGGGAGAAACCAUCUUUAAGACAGCAUUUCGGCUUUGUGAUUAGCAAGCGGAUUUGCGUAGUUUACGUUGUCCGUUUACACCGAAUCGGCAAGUGUAUUAAAACAACAUGGCAGAAACCGAGCAGCAGUACAUGGAAACAUCAGAAAACGGCCACGAAGUCGAUGACUUUAAUGGAGCCGGCCAGGCUGGGGAGGGCGCCUGCGGUGCAGAAGGGCCCGACGACGACAACCAGAACGGCGGCACGGAGGGUGGUCAAAUAGACGCAAGUAAAGGAGAAGAAGAUGCAGGGAAAAUGUUUGUUGGUGGCCUUAGCUGGGACACAACCAAGAAGGAUCUCAAGGAUUACUUCUCCAAGUUUGGCGAGGUAUCAGACUGCACCAUCAAAAUUGACCAACAGACAGGACGGUCACGAGGAUUUGGUUUCAUCCUUUUCAAAGAUGCAGCCAGCGUAGACAAGGUUCUUGAACAGAAGGAACACAGGCUGGACGGGCGACAGAUUGACCCCAAGAAGGCUAUGGCCAUGAAGAAGGAUCCAGUCAAGAAAAUAUUUGUGGGGGGACUUAACCCAGACACGGCAAAGGAGGUCAUUGAGGACUACUUUAAAACAUUUGGAGAGAUUGAGACAAUUGAGCUUCCGCAAGAUCCAAAGAGUGAGAAGAGGAGGGGUUUCGUCUUUAUCACCUAUCAAGAUGAGGCUCAUGUCAAAAAGGUCAUGGAGAAAAAGUACCACACUGUUGGUGGGAGCAAGUGCGAAAUUAAAAUAGCUCAACCCAAAGAGGUCUACCAGCAGCAGCAGUACGGCGUUCGUGGAUACGGUGGUGCGCGUGCCAGGGGGGGCCGUGGAGGUCAGGGUCCAAAUUGGAGUCAAGGUGGUUACAACAACUACUGGAACCAAGGUGGUUACAACCAGAACUAUGGAGGCUACGGACAGCAAAACUAUGGAGGCUAUGGCGGCUAUGGAGGCUAUGACUACUCUGCUGGUUAUUACGGCUAUGGGGGUGGCUACGACUACAACCAGGGCAAUACAAGCUAUGGGAAAACUCCAAGACGUGGCCACCCGAGUAGCUACAAGCCAUACUGAUCACACGUAGUGCAGGUCUAACGUUAAUAAGAAAAGAGAUCCAUGGUCUGACCACAGCGAACAUGGGCUCUGGCUUUUCCUUUGGAGUUGGCAGAAAUUUGGACUCAUGCUCCAUUUGUACAGAUCAAGUGAGGAAUUGGGGAAGCAAAUGUCACUUUUCCACUUUUUAUUUUAUAUUGUUUUGUGUCCAUUUACAUUUCCAGUGAUGGAAGUGUUAUUUUUACUGUACUUUUUGGUACCUUUUUGAAUCUAAUGUUAUUGUAUGGUUGUAUUUUUACAUGUCUACCGGAUUUACAAACAGGAGCAAGAGCUUUUAAAGCUCUCAAAUAAAACAAUAUAGCUUCCCCCCUCCCCCUUUUCAGUGUUUCUAGACCUUUGGUUUAUGUACUACCGUGCUGACUGUCGGUUUGCAAGCUGCAUGGCUUCGGAUGUGGGGUGAGACAAAUUUAAGGGAUUGAAACUAUUCAAAGGGUUUAUUUGUAAGCGUGGUAAAUGAUUGUUUGCAGAUGGCCUCGUAGUUAAAGACAACCAGCAUAUGUUCUCUGUUUUGUUAUAUUUUUGUUUUGCUUUUAUGGAGACUCUUCCCCGAUCGCGUCUGCAGUUUUAGGUGGCUUUACUAGUGUAAUACAACUCAAUGCAAGCCUGUUAAAUGUAAGAGGGUACCCCCUCUCUCUCACUGGAUACUCAUUCCUCUAGUGUCUUGGGCAAAUUGGUAGAAAUAAACUUUUGGUUUAUAUUA